UUAUCACAGAAUAUAUGAAAUUUAAUAUAAUUAAUUUAAAUUUCAUAUUAUAUUCUGUGGUAUUAUCAAUAGUGUUUUCGUUAUGACGACAUGACGUUAUCUGACAAGUGCAGAAUGGUUCAUUAUUAUUAUUAGUUUUUAUAUUAAUACUUGGUGAAUUAUAUAAAAAGCAUUUUUUCCUGGUUCAAUUUUUUUUAAUUUUACUUAUCAUAGAUAUUUGGUUACGUGCACCAUUAUAAAUUAUAGUGUUAUACCGUCAGCUGUGUAGGUACUUAAAUAUAAAUGACCAUGAAACCGCCGGCAUAUUAUCAUUUACGUAAUUAMUACUUAUUUGCAGUAGUAGCUUAAAAUUAAAAGCUAAGUUCUAUGUGAGCUAUCUAGUCGUCGUUAUAUUCUGCAUAGGCCAUAGAUGAACAAUUCAAUUUUUUUUAAUCUUGAACAUCUUGAUUCUUUUUCUUUUUGACUGAUUUAACGAUAUUGGUGUUAGGAUCAAAAGUAAUUAGUAAUUACAAUUCAAUAUAAAAUAAUGAAGUGUUCAAAUUAGUUGGUCUUUUUAGUCGUUCAUAAAGCGGUCAUUUAGCUCUAGUCACUCAACUUCACAUACAUCAUUCAUUUAUAAAAUAAUUAUUAGGUUUUAAUAUAUUAUUUCUUAUAAAAUGAGUAUACCUGUAGCAAUUGGUUCUACGUUUUUUGGAUGCAUGAGCAAUGUUGUAUUUUUGGAACUUUUAGUCAAAGAAGAUCCCGGCAUAGGAAAUUUGAUUACGUUUUCCCAAUUUUUUCUAAUAGCGUUACAUGGAUUUAUAUUUACUGCCAAAUGUGGUACCAAAAAACCAAGUAUCAGUGUCAAAGGGUAUAUGAUCUUAGUUGCAAUGUUUUUUGUAACUAAUGUUUUAAACAAUUAUGCUUUCGAUUUGAAUAUUGCCAUGCCACUACAUAUGAUCUUCAGAGCGGGUUCAUUAAUAGCAAAUAUGGUCAUGGGAGUGAUUAUAUUAAAAAAAAAGUAUACACUUGAUAAGUUUAUUUCUGUAGGCAUGAUYUCUGCUGGUAUUACAAUAUGUACAAUAGUAUCAAGUCAAGAUGUUAAAAAAACUGUUGUACAUGGUGUUGUGCAAAAUACAUCAGAGUUGGAAGACUUCUUUUGGUGGUGCUUAGGAAUUGCAUGUUUGACUACUGCAUUGUUUAUUUCUGCUCGCAUGGGUAUAUACCAAGAAACAUUAUAUAAAAAGCAUGGUAAACAUCCACAAGAAGCAUUAUUUUAUACUCAUUUGAUACCACUUCCAUGGUUUCUGUUUUUAUACUCCAACCUUAAGGAACACGCCUUAAUGGCUUUUGAAAGUGAACCAUUGCCAUACAUAGGUUUUGGAAUACCAAGUACCAUUGUUUAUCUUAUUGGUAAUGUUUUCACUCAAUAUAUUUGUAUAAGUUCAGUUUACUUUUUGACAACUGAAUGUUCAUCGUUGACAGUAACGCUAGUUAUAACAUUGCGAAAAUUUGCCAGUUUAAUAUUUAGUAUAUUGUACUUCAGCAAUCCAUUCACUUUGUACCACUGGAUUGGAACUCUUUUGGUAUUCAUUGGUACAGUCAUAUUCACUGAGAUACCGCAGAAAGUACAACAAAUGACAGCGCCAAAAAAGGCAACAAAAAAAUCAAAGAAAACAAAUUAAWGUUACCCCAUUAUUAUGAUGUUGGAUUAUGGUUAUCACAGAAUUAUUAAAUACAUUAAAUGUUGUUAAUUUUUAAUACUACUUGUUUUAAAAUAAAUAAAAACUUAUUAAUUUAUUUUAUUUGACAAUAAACUGAAAUAAUUUACAAAUUAAAAGUCUUUGUUCUAAAUUUGGUGGAGCAUUAUAUAACGUGAUUUCCUAACUUUUAAAUAUAUACUUAACUCAACAAUAUAGUAAAUAUAG